UCUCCUUGGGUGGCCCGGUGUUUAUAUCCUUCGCAUUUCGAGAGAAUUGCAAAGAGGGUAUCUUGCGUCAACGACGCAACUGGACGCAACAAUAAUGCUGGUACGUCGGUUACUGUGUAGAAAGCAAUUGUGGCAUGCCUCGUGCGUCUACAUGCCUGUUCGUCACACGCAAAACCAGCGCGUCAGCCAACAUGCACUGGACAAGCUUAAUCUCGAAAUUCGGCUGCCGGCCCCCCUCAAGAAGCAGCUGCAACGCAAGCCGUUCGCUAAGAAUCUGUUCUUCGCUGUGUUCGAUCACGAGUUCAUGUACUAUCCCGAGCCACAAACCAAGGACAGGCAUCAACGUUUCUUCGAAUGGCUCCAGCCUAUCGAGAAGUACAUGUCGAAGUGUCUGGAGAAUCCGCAAAGCGUCCAGAAGGAAGACAUUCUGGCUCAUCUAAAUGAGUUAGGUGUCUUUCGGGCGUGCUUAGACGAACAGCAUCUCGGCUUGAACCUGAAUCACUCAGAGUCGGCCAAGCUGGUGGAGGUACUCAGCUGCUUUCCUUGGCUGGGAUGUUACAUGAUCAAGAACUACAUCGUACCCGUUCAAAUCAUCUCUAAGCUGGCCUCAGAAGAGCAGAAAGCCAAGUAUCUACCAAGGAUAGCAACUGGAGAGCUCAUUCCCACGGUGUGCUUGACUGAGCAUGGAAACAGAAUAAAUAAACAUAAGAUCAUCAGUACAGCUACAAACUCGGAAAGUGACACACAUUGGUUAUUAAAUGGCGAGAAGAUACUUGUAGUCAACGGGCACGACGCCAAUCUAUUUCUCGUCUUCUGUCACUGUGGCUAUCGCCAUAUUAUUAAUGAUGAUUUGUUAUCUAUACUUCUGGUGGAACGUGAUUUCGGAGGUAUUACAAUCAAGGAUGUUAAGAAUCUUGUUGGCCUUCAAAACAAUCCGGUUAGUACAGUUACUUUUAAAGAUACCGAAGUCCCAAAGGAGAAUUUUCUGGGUGAUCUGGAAACUCAAUCAUCGAAUAUACUAAACGACAUACUCUCUCCUGGAAACAGAAAUCUUGCUCCGCAAGCAGUAGGUACAUUGAGAGCAUUUACGAAAAUGUUGACGAGGCACGUAUUGCAAAGGAAACAUUUAGAUAGAAACAUGCACGAGUAUGAAAGUGUUCAAGAGAUAAUAGGUAAGAUGGCAAGUACUCUGUAUGGCAUGGAGAGUAUGUUGUAUUAUACCACUGGCAUAAUGGACACAUUUGAGAAUCAAGAUUGCACGCUCGAGAAAGCUAUGGUGGAAGCGUAUUGUACUAGCGAAUGCGUCGCACGUAUUUACGAAGGCUUACAACUUAUUGGAUCGCAGAGUUACCUGAGGGAGAAUCCUUAUAUACAAAUCUUCGAAGAUGCAUUGUCAUAUAUCCUGUUCGAAAAUUAUAUUUUCGAUUGCAACAUAUAUAUAGCUUUGAUUGGUUUAAGACACACAGGCCAAAAUCUAAGCGAUCACAUAUUUAAGUUACGAAAUCCCUAUCUUUUUCCCCAAUAUAUAUUUAAGUGGAUAAUGGGUAAGGAAUAUCGAAUAGAACUUAAACUUGCUGACCAUUUGCAUCCGUCUUUCGUAUUAGGUAGCGUACAACUGGAGAAGUGUAUCACCAGGUUGCAGACCACCUCGAUACUACUGUUAAAACGCCAUGGCACUAAUAUAUCCGAACGACAAAUGGAACUGCGUCGAAUUGGUGAAUUAGCAACGAGAACAUUCGCACUGAUUACUAUUCUUUCGCGCGCUUCCAGGGCAUAUUGCAUCGGCUUGAGAAACCACAAUCAGGAUAAGCACCUGGCCGACAGUUUUGCAAUUCUCUCUAUAGACAAAGUGGAGGCUCUUGCACAGGAGAUUGAAUCAGGAGAGUGGAACAAUGGUGACAGGUUCAACAAAGAAGUUGCCGAACUUAUGUACAGUAAAAAAGAUUAUUUCGCCGAACAUCCGUUAAAUAGAACCUAUUAAACAUUUGAUAAAUUUAGUUUAUACACCAUACAUAUGUGUAUGUAUAUAUAUAUAUAAUAGAAAAGAAGAUAAAACAAG